AUGGCUACCCCUAGUGUCCUUACCUUUGAUGCUGAGGGUCGUGCUGUUGACUUCAAGGUCUGGGUCGAUAACCUGCAGCUUUUCCUACAGUGCGAUAGGGCAGACAGACUCUCCCUGUUCGAUCUCACCUCUGGUGCCUCUCCUGCCCCGCCUGCUGAUGCUGACAGCACUGUUCGCUCACAGUGGGCCACGCGCGAUGCUGCUGCCCGUCUUGCUGUGCGUCGCCACAUACCGACCGCUGAGCGUGCGCACUUUAGUCAGUACAAGAGUGCUAAGACCUUGUACGAUGCUGUAGUUGCACGCUACUCUUCCCCUGCCACUGCUGCUCUUAGCCGCCUCAUACUGCCGUACCUGUUUCCUGACCUCGCCGCCUUUCCCACUAUCGCUGACCUCGUGACGCACCUCCGCACUAGUGACACCCGCUACCGCACUGCGCUUCCUGCUGAGUUCUCCGCCAAGAGCCCCCCCCCCAUGUAUAUCACCCUCUACUACAUAGUCACCCGGCUCCCUAACUCCCUUCGCUCGGUCAGGGACCACUUCCUCUCUGUUUGCCCCACCACACUCACCGUUGACCUCCUCGAGGAGCGCCUCCUGGCAGCUGAGAAGAGUAUAGUCGCUGUAGGAUCCUCUAGAGGUGACCCGCGUGCCCCUGUCUUUGAGGGGUGCUCCCACUCCCCCCGUUUGCCCUCUGUUGCCUCUGCUGCUGCCGUCGACUUCGUUGGCACCGAGUCGGUCGGCGCUGCGUCUGCCCCUAGCGGGCGACGCCGCACCGGCAAGGGCAAGGGGGGCAAGGGCGCUGGAGGGGCUGGCGGGGGCGGUGGAGGUGGAGUCCCCCUGCUGGCCACGAGGAGCAUCAAGGGGACUCGCUGCGGGGACGUGGGGCGGAGGCGGGUCGUCUUGGGCUCUGCAGCAACCAUCAAGUGA